AUGGAAUUGUUUAAGCAAAUGGUUGUUGUUGGUUGUAGGCCUAAUGAGAUCACUUGCAGCACUUUGAUUGGUGGAUUGUGUAAAACAGGGAAAUUAAUUGUUGCCAUUAAGUUUCUUGAAGAGAUGGUUAAUGGGAAUAAAGAAUUUGGUGUUAUUUGUAGGCCAAAUAUAGAAUUGAACAAAGAAGUCAGUGAAGCUCUUAGUCUUUAUCGAGAGAUGAUUUCAGAAGGAAUUAGGCCUGAUGUGAUUACAUAUAGCACCUUGUUAAUUGGCUUUUUUCUUAUAGCUAACGUGAAAGAUGCACAAAAUUUAGUUGGUGAAAUGCAACUUAACGAUGCUUUUCCUAAUUCUUGGACAUAUAGCAUUGUCAUUGAUGAGCUUUGCAAGAACGAAUGUGUUUUGGAAGCAUUGGAAAUGUUUAAUGCUCUAGUAAAUAAUACGAUUGCAGUUAGCAUUGAAGGUUUGAGUUCCCUCAUUGAUGGAUUAUGUAAAACAGUGAAAUUCGAAACUGCUUAG